AUAACUGUAUACAAGCCAAAUCAAAACAUCUUUCCUUCGCGAGCCCCAGCAAAGAUUAUAGAAAUCAUCCGGGGCUCUUCCCAUCAGUCGGGUGGAACAUGACGAUGAGUAUGAGAUGAUGCAAACGACACCCCGUUGACCCCGUAAACCCCGGGGUUGGUUCCUAUGACGCCAAUGGGUGUAUUCACUGUGCAUGUGUACAGGGCUUUUUCGUUGGAGACAAAACUAAGGGACUGCUGCUUUCGGACGAUUAGUCGAUUGCAGAACUCGGAAGCGAAAAGAAGUCUAGUCAGUCUCAUCCGAACGAACAACAAUAUCUACAAAUUUGAAUCGCCUAAUACAUUUAUCGAUAACAGCACGGUUCGGAAUAGUACUGAUAGUUUUACGCAAACGCGAUUUUAUCAUAGUUUAAGUACUCGACGAGGUAGACUUGACAGCUGUACGAAAAUGGUACAUUCACGCAAUAGUUUGCAGUGCCAUGCGGCGGGACAGAACGGUGUGGACAUACUUGCUUGCGAAAGGUUGAUUCAUACCGAUAGCAAGGACAGCAGUUCGAACGAAAUAAUGGCUAAACUUAUCGACGGAAAACAGAUUGCCACCGACAUACGCGGCGAACUGCGGGAACAGGUUGAACAAUGGAUCGAACAGGGCCACCGAGCGCCGCAGCUAACGGCCAUCCUGAUUGGAGAUGAUCCAGCCAGCAGAACUUACGUGGCCAACAAAAUGAAGGCUGCCGAAGAUGUGGGCAUAAAGAGCAAAACCGAGCGCUACGGAGCGGACAUUACCGAGGAACAGUUGCUGCAGCGAAUUGAAGAACUAAACCGUGAUGACGGUGUGGAUGGAAUUCUGGUGCAGCUUCCGGUUCCGGAGCACAUCAACGAACGAAAAGUGUGCAACUCGGUUUCCUGCGACAAGGACGUCGACGGGUUUAACGAGCGCAAUGUCGGACGCUUGUGUCUCGACAUGAACACCCUCAUUCCGUGCACCCCCCUGGGGGUGCAGGAACUGAUCAAGCGGUGUCAAAUUGAGACGUUCGGCAAAAAUGCUGUCGUAGUGGGACGAUCGAAAAACGUCGGGAUGCCGAUCGCCAUGCUGCUGCAUGCCGAUGGCCGUAACGAUACCUGUGCAAUGGAUGCUACCGUGACCAUAUGUCACCGGUUCACUCCGCCGGAGGAGCUGAAGCGGUUCUGUCGAACUGCGGAUAUUAUCGUUACCGCAACCGGAGUGCCGAAUUUGAUUAGGGCCGAUAUGAUCAAGGAAGGUGCGACGGUUAUUGAUGUCGGUAUCACGCGAGUACCGGAUCCGGUAACUGGCAAAAAUAAGCUGGUUGGGGAUGUCGAUUUCGAAGAGGUUCGUAAGGUGGCAGGCCAUAUUACGCCGGUACCCGGCGGUGUAGGACCAAUGACCGUUGCCAUGCUUAUGAAGAAUACCUUCAUCGCGGCAAAGAACCUGGCGAACAAGAGAGGCAAAGGUGAAUGUUAAUUUAAACCCUUUAAGCGAACCAGUUAAACGGCGAAACUGGAGAUAGAUCUUAUAAAAUGUAUUUAUAAGACAGUAUUGUGGAGGUAUGGUGCUCUUAGAGGCAAACAACAGAAAUAUAGUGUAAGGAACCUAACGCAAUUGAAUGGCUAGGCUAUACAGCCAUUCAAUAACUUUGAAAAUAA